AAAAAGAAAAACCUUCAAGCAUUUUUCUCCUCUCUUUAACGUCUUCUCGUGUAUUUCUCUCUCUCUCUAGUGGUAAAAGUAUGGCGGACUGGGGACCUGUAGUGGUGGCUGUGAUACUGUUCGUGCUUCUGACUCCGGGACUUCUCUUUCAGAUUCCGGCGAGAGGUCGAAUCGUGGAGUUUGGGAAUAUGCACACUAGCGGCGCCGCUAUUCUCGUCCACACCAUCAUUUACUUCGCUCUCAUCACAAUCUUCACCAUAGCCAUUCGCCUCCACAUCUAUACCGGUUGAUUUUACCGUACCGGAUUUGUAGUUUUUUCGUUUGUCGUUGUGUUCUUCGUACCGGUUUGGUUUGUUUUUUUUCCUAUGGCUUUGUUUAGAAAUUCGCUGUGUAUGAAUGGUGUAAACGUAUUUGGAUUAGUGUAUGUGAAUCUGAAUUUGCAUUGUGCUAAAUGUUUCUGUUUGAUUCUCUGGGUUUUUGAGGCUGGUUUUGUUUC